AUGGCUCCUUCAAAUUCAAAAAGAUCUAAAAGUAGCAGCAAAUCAAAACAUAAUGCUUUAUCUUCUGCUUCAUUGAGGAAUUUUUUUAAACUUGAAGAUGAACUAAGUAAGCAUUUGGAUACUGAUAAAAUUUGUGAUGAUGUGAGGAAAAUACUUGCAGAAAUACGCUCUAAUUUGAGUUCAAAUCAAGAUAAACAUCCAACACAUAGCAAAUCAAGUCAUGAAAGAAGCUCUGCUUUGAUUUUGGCUGUUAAAUUACGUAAUAUGAAUCGUCUUUUUGCUUUUCGAAAUAAACAAGCAAAUACAAAGUUGGCUGAAGUUCGUCAAAAGGUCGAAGAUCAUUAUUUGUCUCUUCAAAAUGUUUCUAGUGAAAUUGCUCAUAUGAAAAAGAAUAUUGAAACUUGUUUAGAUUUUAGAGCGGAUAUUUAUGACAUUGAAUUGGUUAAUGCUGAGGAAUCAUCUUCAAACUCUAAAGAAAUGAUAGACAACCACGAUAAAGAAGAAAAAUUAGACGAUCAUCAAUUAUUUUUGCAACGAUUAAAUAAUGAGCUAAAUGAACGGAAAAGGUUUUUUCUAAAUUCUAUUCAGGGGUUAACAUAUUCUUUUUGUACAUUAUUACUAACCAAAUCUGGCAAUUUUUUUAAUUUAAAUUUUUAUAAGUUUGCUUUAGGUUUUUAUCUCCUAUUUGACAUAAUAUUUACCGAUCCAGGCUCGUAA